UUACAGCAGCAGGAACUGCCACUACAGCAGCCCCAACAGCAACAACUGCUACAGUAACAACGACUUCAGCAGCCCCAACACGCACAACUGCUGCGGUAACAACAGCCCCAACAGGCACAACUGCUGCGGUAACACUCACUACAGCAGCUCCAACAGCAACAACUGCUGCGGUAACUGGCACUACAGCAGCCCCAACAGGCACAACUGCUGCGAUAACAGCCACAACAGCAACAAGUGCUGCGGUAACUGCCACUACAGCAGCCCCAACCGGCACAACUGCUGCGGCGCCUACCACAACUGCAGGCCAAACCAAAACCACAGCUUUAGUGACUGCCACACCUGGGGCAACUGUAGCCUAUACCCUUAAGCUAGUAUUGGAAGUUGAUUUCAUACCUGCUUUUAAUGACCCAAACAGCCCUGAAUUUAAAAAAGUGAAGGAGCAAAUGGAAGGUCCAUGCAAUAAAAUAUACAAAAUUCAGUAUGGUGACAAGUUCAAGAAAUGCAGUUUAAAAGGUUUGAGGGUUGAAGGUUCCACAAAAGCAUUAAAAGCCAAUAGAACUGAAGCCGACAUGGGGAUUGAGUUUGCCUCAGUUACACCAACCGAGUUACCAGGGGCCACGGACAUUGCUGAUGCAUUUGUAAAGGGUCUAAGUGACCCUAACGUUACAUUCAGUUUGACAGUAGAUGCUCAAACAGUGGAGGUUACAGAGACUCCAAAUGACCCUGCAACUACUACAGCAGCACCUCUGAUUUCCAACACCGUAGCUACAACUGUUGCACCAACAUCGAGACUAAUAUCCUUCAAAUCUGUUAAGGACACAUUUACAACUGACUUGUAUGAUUCACAAUCCACUGCCUUUAAACAACGGGCUUCAAUGAUAAAGAACGAACUGGAAUCACCAAUGAAGAAAAAAUUAUCAUCUUUUGUGUCUUUGGAAGCAAUAGCGUUCAGAAAUGGAUCGGUGAUCAACCUCAUUAAGUUUUAUUUUACAAGUUCUUCUGUCCCCACUGGCAAUGAGAUUGCAAGUGCUUUGAUAAAUGCAGCUGCAAGUGUUACUGGCUUCGACAUUGACACCGGCUCCAUCACUGUUGAUGGCAUACGUAAGAAAUUAUACAGCCUCAGUAAAAACUGCAAGACUUCAAUCAGAAGAAUCAACUGUUCCCUAAUGUUUUGUUUGUUGAAAUGCCCCUCUAGCCUCAAGUGGAACAAGACAGAAGAUCAGUCUCAUUUCUGCGUCUUUCCUGGUGCUGUUAUCAUGGGUGUUGUCAAACCAGCAGUAACAUCAACAUCAAAGUGAUUAUUUUCUGAGUGGUAACUGGUGUAUAAAUCACUUCUGUAUGUUAAUCCAGCCUUUAACAUUUGGAAUUAAUAGUUUGAGCACUGAAAAUGUAAACAUGUAGUGACAUUAGAAAAAAUGCCAAAUUGUCAAAUGCUUUGUCAAAGACAAGAUAAUGCUUCACGAUGAAAAGAGUAAGAAUAGUAUGAUCAGCAAAACACAUACUAGACAAAGUUAUUCUUUUGUAAAUUCUAUCCUUCUAGAAAGCCAUUGGUGCCUCUGGAGUUCCACAGAUACCAUUGUUUUUAAUUAGUUUAUACUGUAUGUAGAGGGCAAAAAUAACACAACCUACUAACAGCUUCAGGAUGCUUGAACAUGUUAAUAUAAUUGGAUUUCAGUGUUAUAAAGGCACCUUAAAUCUAAGUCACCUCAUGGAGUUGGAAUGUUACAGUCCUUGUUUUUUGCAAGAGUAAAACAGAUAACCUGUGUUUGCUCUUGCCAGGAAGUUGGCAUAUUAAAGUAAUUUAAAAAGUC